UGGAAAUCCUUGGGUGAAACUCACCCAGCUUUAGUAACCAUCCCAACUUCAUAGACUUUAGAUAACCAUGUAAACAGGAUUCAACUGUCAGAAAAGAGGCCAAACUUUUGUCACCAUGGUGGAGGUGAAGUGUCUGAGUGAUGACCAAUUGCAGAAUGAACUCGACAAACUCGGAUUUUCACCUGGCCCAAUACUACCUUCCACCAGAAAAGUGUAUGAAAAGAAGCUAGCGCAAUUGUUGGUCUCAACUUCCUGUGCACCACCCAAGAAGAAUGGACCCAGAGAACUGGACAGAGCUCAGAACAAUGAUGACAGUGAAGAGUUUAAUGCCACUAUCGUUUUGAAACGAAAUAUCACACCCUCAUCAGAAAAAAACAAGGCACCCAAAAAUAGAUGCAAGACUUCCACCAGUAAACCAAAAGCCGUAGAAAACUUCUGCUCGGAUUCUAAGCGUACUGAGGGAAGAAGAUGUGCUGCAAGAGCACCAAAUAUCAGAUACAAAGCCCUGAGGAACCUCAAAGAGAAAGCCUGCUGCAGAGUGAACAGGAGAGCUGGAAACGGGAACCUAGAAAUGUUUCCAAUGCGCUUGACACUUGCUGUGUUCGGCAUCUUCAUUAUUGUGAUAUUUGUCUACAUAACCAUGGAAAGCAAGUAACUCUUUGGUUAAGUGCUUUGGAAGCAGAGUGAGGAACAAGUGCCUGAGUAUUGCUCCAAGCCCUCCUGCUUCAGGAGGGAACAGAGGCUACUCUCAAGGUGGAGACCCAGCCCCACAACUGGGGGGUCUUCCCUUGCCCCGUGCUGAGAUGAAGGGUCUGUGACCAGGCUCCAGACAGGUGGAAGGGAUGAGGGAGCGAGCCAGGCAUUUGUGUCAAAGAGCUUGAUAGUAGGAAGUUCCCCGAGUCAGGUUGGCCAUCAUUAAAAGUACUUUCACGUUCGUGCAGCCCUCUAAGAAGGA